ACCAAGUAUAUACAAGAAAAUCAAUAAAAAAUGGCUGGCAUUAAUCCCGAAGAUUUGGAGAAAUUGAAGAAAUUCAUCGAUUUCGUAUCGGCUAAUCCUUUGAUAUUGAAUGUGCCCCAAUUGGGAUUUCUGAAGAGAUUUAUUGAGAAAUUUGGUGGCAAAGUUCCAGAGGGUGACUAUCAAAUGCCGGCCGGAGGGAAAUGUCCCUUUGGAGGUGAUGCAAAAACGGAAACCAAAACACAACCACCACCAUCUUCUACACAGGCUGAUGAUGAGGCCGCCGAACCUGUUGUAGAGGAGGAAUCUGAAGAAUCCGAAGUUGAAUUAGAUAUGGAAGGUGUCAUUGAACCCGACAAUGAUGUCGACCAACCCAUGGGUGAUUCCUCGAAAACCCCCAGCGAAGAAGAUAUCGAUAAGUCAAGUGAAUUGCGUUCCCAAGCCGCCGCUGCCUAUGGCGAACAAAAAUACCAAGAAGCCAUUGAUUUGUACACCCAAGCCAUUGAAAUCAAUCCCGGCAAUGCUCUGUUCCAUGCCAAACGUGGUCAGGCCUUCCUGAAAUUGAAGAAACCCAAUGCCUGUAUACGUGAUUGUAAUAAGGCCUUGGAAAUCAAUUGUGAUUCCGCAGCUGCCUACAAAUAUCGUGGUCGUGCUAACCGCCUACUCGGCAAUUGGGAAGAUGCUGCCAAAGACUUGAGACAGGCCUGUAAGUUGGAUUACGACGAAGAGGCCGAUGAAUGGUUGCGUGAGGUUACACCAAAUGCCAAGAAAAUCGAACAGCAUCGUUUGAAACAGCAACGCAAGAAGGCUGAACGUGAACGUAAGGCAGCAGAGGCCAGGCGACAGAAGGCCAGACAGGAGCAACAGAAACAAAGUGCUGGUGGCGGUUUCCCCGGUAUGGGGGGCAUGAAUAUGGGUGACCUUCUGGCCGGCAUGAAUGAUCCCGAAAUUAUGGCUGCCUUCCAGGAUAUUAUCCAGAAUCCAGCUAAUAUUGACAAAUACAAAUCUAAUCCUAAAAUUGCUAAACUCAUUGAGACCUUUAAGAGUAGCUUCCCUGGUGGAGUACCUGGUUUCCCAGGUGCUGGAGGUUUCCCUGGUGCCGGAGGGGCAGGUGCUGCUGAUGAGGAUUCUGUGCCACAACCACCACCAGCAACUGAAGAGCCCAAGGCUGCUCCCAAGAAACCUGAUUUUGUUGAUGAUGGUUUGGAUUAA